AUGGGCAUCCCUGCUUUCGGCACACACCUUCGUGUCACCGCCGACUACAACAGCCUGAGCCGACGCGACGAGUGGCAUCCUGCCUGGGCUGGAGUUUGGCUCUACGAGAUCCGCGCCUAUGGGAAGGAGGUCAACGCCACGGUCUCCAACGUGCUGCAGUUGGACACUCCGCUUGAAGCAGAUCACUGGGGAGGCCACCGUCAGGUGGAGGGCUACUGGCUUGAAAUGGCUGCAGAAGUGGUGAACCUACAGCGUUCUGUCGUGAUCACGGGCGAUCACUACGAUUUCUCGACUUCGGCCAAAGGCCUCCACACCAUCAGCGCCCACGGGGGUGUCAUGGACAUCCGCUUUGCACGUGUGGAGUACUGCGGCCAGCGGAACUUCAUGGGCAAGUAUUGUCUCCAUUUCCACCAUGCCGGGCAAUGCCCAGACUGUACCUUCAAGGGCAACGCUGUGUACCAGUCUGCGCAGAUUGGAAUUACGGUCCAUGGCACUCACCGCUCCCUCGUUGAGGGCAAUGUUAUGUGGGAUACAGCCUCUGCAGGCGUAUAUGUUGAAGAUGGCAACGAGAUGUUCAACACCAUCAGCAACAACGUCAUCAUCUGCUCGGUACACUCCAAGUGCUCAACGCCGUGGGACGUACAGCUGGACAAUGCUGCAGGAAUCUACAUGAUCGGAAUGACGAACAAUCUGAUCCAGAAUCGUGUUGCCGGCUUCGAGAACUGCAUUUGGACCCACGGCUCCAUCUACCUGAACGGCCAGGGUGCAGCCCUGGGCAAAGUCUGCCCACAGAACACGCCUUUCGGGAUCUUCCGGGGCAAUGUUUGCCACGACAACAACCGCUUCGGGAUCUAUCUCGACAACCAACGGCCUCGAAACCUCGAGAGGGACGGGAAUGGCUUCGUCGCAGAUAUGGGCACCUGCGGCGAGUUUACCGCGGAUGGCCGCGACAACGGAGUGACCCCGGCCAAUGUCAUCGAAGACCAGUUUGACUGGCACAACGACUUCGUCGGCCAGUAUUCCAUGGGUGACAUCGCCUUCCUGCGUUUUGUGAGCGUCAACAACGCGCACGACCUGUACUGGAAGGAGUCGAAGAACUUUGCCGAUGGCCAGACCCAUCACAUCCGGGACUCCUUGUUCCUCAGCGAUCCGAAGGACAGAACCAUCAUCAAGAUCGCCCUGAUUGCAGGUCCGGCGGGCCCGUUCACCUUCCGUAUCACGAACACCACCUUCGCGGGCGGAGGGCUCGGAUGCGGUGCGAUCUGUGCGGCCCAACACUGCGGCCUGGGUGGCGCAGGUGGCCCGUGCAAUGUGCAGUACCUGCUCUCAGCGGUGAACCUCACGAAGGUUCACGCCGGUGACAAGAAGAUCGGCUUCGGAAUCAGCACGGUGGACCUGGGCUACGUGCAGCCCAUGUUCCUCUCGCAAGACGACUCCCUGGGCGGUUACAGGUCCAUGGUCAGCAGGCACCUGAACGGCUUUGCAAACCUUACCGGCUGCGAGGCGCUCGAGAGCGAGGAGUGGGACCACGCGGUCGCCUGCUCGAUCGAGGUGCGUCGCCUGAAUCUCUGGAGUGCUGACCUCGGCGACUUGAAGCUGACCGGUCCUGGAUACGAUGUCGAGCCCAACAACAGCACCGUCGUCAAGGGAAUGAAUGCGGGCAAGCUGAUCUGGGAGCCCAUGCAUCGGGGUUACGGUGCCGUGGUCGCCUUGGGGAGCAACUACACCGUGGCAGGCGACUUUCGGGGCGAUAUUGCCACAGAGCUGUCGGAUCUGGUUCUAGAGGAAGUCACCGGGCAGACGGAAGCAGUCAAGGUCACUAUCGGCAACUACACAUGUCAGGUGGCAGCUGCAGAUGAUCGCAGCUGGCUAGGCGUGCAGGGCCGUGCACCCUGGACGGCACCCAGCGUGUCCUGCCUGACACAGGCCUACGAGGCUUCCAGCUUGGUGAAGACCACCACAGCUGCCGCCACGACCCUCUCAGCUACUACAACGGCUCCCGGGACAUGUGGCCUGGAGUCCGAGGUGCCCUGCUGUCCCGAUGGAAGCUGCACCGACCAGUGCCGAGGCUCCGAGUGUUGCCCGACGCCCGAGGGUACGAGGACCUGCCCAUCCGCGUCUGUGGUCGAGGCUCCUACCUGCCAGUUGGGGAAGCGGUACGACUGCACCGGAAAGACGGGCGUCUCUGGCUCAUGCGAGUUCCCGAACCCUCCGGCGAUUGGGUACUUCUGGGACCCCUUCUGCCACCUCGGCAAGCUGGGCUGCUUCGCCGACGGCAAGAACGUGGAGUGCCGAUUCUGUGGCUCUGGUGCAUUCCAGGAAGUCCCAUGCUUAACGACGACAACAACUUCGACGAUUACCACAACGACCACGACUACGACCACCGCAG